AUUGAUGUGUGAAUAUGAAGUUCUCAGCACCAAAUUGUGUCUUGCAGGUACCACCAGGAAGAACGCUCUAAUCUGUUGAUACAGCGCCUGACCAUCUUUGUAGCAUCCCUCAGCAGGGAAAGUGCACUGCAAUCUACUGAGCAGAACUUAGUUGACCCACGUCUGUCUUCCACAUCUUCUGAAUCCAAGUGGAUCCCUUUUCCCUUCUUGGAAACACAAGGUCAAGGUUAACAAAAAAAAACAAACUAUGGCAAAUUCAGGAUUCCAGCUGCUUGGGUAUUUUCUUGCAUUAGGAGGUUGGAUUGGCAUUAUAUCUACAACAGCAUUGCCCCAGUGGAAGCAAUCAUCCUAUGCAGGGGAUGCCAUUAUCACAGCAGUGGGACUGUAUGAGGGACUCUGGAUGUCAUGCGCUUCUCAGAGCACUGGGCAGGUGCAAUGUAAAGUCUACGACUCUCUGCUUUCCCUGGAGGUUCACAUCCAGACAACACGGGCUCUCAUGGUGGUCGCCAUGCUCCUGGGAUUCGUUGGUAUUAUAAUCAGUGUGGUUGGAAUGAAAUGUACUAAAGUCGGUGAUAACAACCCUAUUACAAAAAGCAGAAUUGCUGUCUCUGGGGGAGUCCUUUUCCUGCUAGCAGGUCUUUGUACCUUAAUAGGAGUUUCAUGGUACGCAACACAAGUCACUCAUGACUUCUUCAAUCCCAACACUCCAGUGAAUGCGAGAUAUGAAUUUGGCUCAGCACUAUUUGUUGGCUGGGCCUCUGCCAGCCUGACAAUGUUGGGGGGAUCUUUCCUGUGUUGUUCCUGCCCCAACGAGGAUAGAAGAGGACAGCAGUAUUACAGACAGUCGCAGCCUUCAGCUACAACCAGAGAGUACGUCUAGCUCGCAGUCCAUCCCUAAACAUUCUAAUCAUUGUCAUCUGCAUGUGUUUGGAAUAAGCCAAUGUGCUAUUAUUUGGGAGUUUUUGUUUUUUUAUUCAAUAAAGAACAGCUCAUUAACCAAUUAACAUGUCUGGAGCAGGUCAAAAUAUUAACUGGAGAUGAUCAUAAAUUGCCUAAAAACCAUGUAGCAUAGGUUGUUCUAAUGAUGUCUCAAUGUUGUUAUGUUUUUAAUAUGUCUUGUAAACAAUCCUUUUUUAACUCAGGGGUUUCAAUUUUGGUUCUAUGUAAGGCACUGUCAUAUGCUGAUGGGACAAGGUGAUUAAACUGGCCUGCGCUGAGGGGAAUGUGGUUCUCCUAUGUCAUAGAUUUGUGACUCCUAAAGAAUCACAGAACAGAAAUGCUACAUCCUCUUAAUCAUUGUAGCAAAUGGAAGAAAGCUGAGUAGUACAACGAUUGUCUUUUGCAAGCAAAAUGCAAACAUCCAUCAACAAGGCCAAAGGUCUAUCAGUUUAUGCACAUCUUAUAGAUACUUUUUUUUAGAUAUGACUCCAUUUUCCCAAACAUUUUGCAUAAAUCUCCCUAUAGUUUCAUUUAAAAACUAAGAGAAUUUCGAGCCCAUCAUGGCCCAUCAAGGACGCAGCUUAAACCACCAAACUAUGCACUCCAUAACAACUUUUUGUGCCAGCUUCUUAAAAAGUUUAUUGUAGGGAUGUUUGGGAGCUCUACCACUUUUCCUAACUACAAUUAGAACCCUAUACUAUAUGUACCAGCCACUGGAAUCCCUACUAGACAAUAUAUCUACAUGGGGAUCAUCCCAGUCUUCCUUCUGUGAUGUCUCAUGGCACGACAUAGAGUUGGUGGAUCCAGUGUAAUGUGUUAGCCCCCAAUACUGGAACGAGUUUGCAUAAAACUGGGGAAAUAAAAUAUACUAAUCUAAAGUUUGUUAUGGGUCUAUGGGUUUCUAGAUGUGGACAAACUUUAGGCCUUUUAUUGCAUUGCUCUAAUAUUUAUUUUUGUAUCCUUCAUUUGUUUGUGUGCAUUUUUCUUGUUUUUCUAGUCCUGCAAUAAAUAAACCUCUGUAGAGUUAAA